AAUAAAAUUUGGCGCGAGAAAUUAGGAAAAUAAACGUAAAGUUUUCAACUAGAUUUCGACAGUAUUCUACUCUUUGAAAUGAUAGAUUUAAUUACAGGUGUUAGGAAGGUAUUUAAUGCUGCUCAAGAUGGUAUUGUUGCAUCAAAAUUAUGCGAGCAAAUGUCAGAAUUAAUGGUUACUUCUAAAGAAGAAGAGUUUUGGGAAGCUUUUCUUGAUCAUCUAAAAAAAACAAUGAUAUAUUACAAACCUGAAACAGUUGUUGAAAAAAUUAUUGAAUUUUGCGCAUUAUUUGCAACAUAUACCUCCAAAAAAAAAAAAAAAGAGAAUCAAUCAAUAGACCAAGACAAGACACUCACAGAUGAAACUAUGAACCCUUUUCUUUUAAAGUUGUUCAAUUUUCUUGUGCAGAAUCAUAACUCAAGAGAAAGGGCUGUUAGAUACAGAUGCUGUCAACUUAUUACAAAAAUAUUUACAAAUAUGGAUGAUGAUGAAACUAUUGAUGAAGACUUAAGUGAUUCUAUUUAUGAAUGUAUGAUGUAUCGUUUAAAAGAUAAAUUACCAUCUAUUCGUAUACAAGCUGUUUUGGCCCUGAAUCGUCUGCAAGAUCCUGAAGAUGAACAGUGCCCUGUUAUUGAUGCUUUUUUACACUCCAUGAAUACUGAUACUAAUGCUGAUGUUCGUAAAACAGUCCUAAUGAAUAUAGCACUUUCAAGAAAAACGCUACCUCAUCUAAUAGUUCGUACUCGAGAUAUCAAAGAUCUGAAUCGUAAAGCCGCUUACUUGACUCUUAGUGAAAAGGUUUCUGUACGCGCCCUUACUAUUGCCCAAAGAAUUAGUUUGCUAACUUUUGGUCUGAAUGAAAGAUCUGAUAUGGUCAGGCAAUCAUGCAUUCACAUGUUAAAACAAUGGUUGCGUAAAUUUGAUAACAAUGUUGUAAAACUUCUUGAAGCUCUUGACACUGAAGGUUCGCUUGAGUGUUCUAAGCUCGUGCUCGAAGCACUUUUGAAAGACGCACCUAUUCAAAAGUUAGAAGAACAUGUAGCAUCACUUCUUUCAACUGCUGAUUGUUCAUGUGGCAAUGUAAAACUUCCUUCAGCUGAUUGUCUUGUAGUUGAAAAUGUUUACUUUUGGUAUAUGGUUUGUCAAUAUUUAAAAAAGUUAGGAGAUAAAGGAGAAGAUCUCUUGCAACAACUAUUACCUGAACUUACACAUUUUUGUGAUUAUAUACAAAGUUAUGCAGAAAAGAAUUUCAUAGACUCAGCUUUAUUAACAGCGUUUGAAGGAAAAGAAGACCAACCAGAGUUUAUUCUUGAGUAUUUAUUAAAGAUUGCUGGUUUGCUUGAUUUUUCCGAUGAAGUUGGUAGGAAGAGGUUGCAGCAGUUAGUUAGAGAUUUAUUGGUGACUGAAUGUAUUCCUCUUUCUUCCAUUCAAAUUUUAGUUGACAGAUAUGCUGAUGUGGAAAAAAAUGAAAAUCGUUUCAUGGAAACUCUGAUUGAAAUUAUUGCAGAAGUUAGGAGACCCAUUGUAACUGUUGUUACCACAGCUAUGAAAGAAAAAAAUCGUCGAAAUGAAUUGCAGUUAGCUCGCAUUCGAAUGAAUUUAAUGGAGUGCUCUGAUGACUUGGAAAAAGCAGUCAAAGAUCAAGACUUUCAACAGGCUGCUUUUUUAAAAAACCAAAUAGCUGACUUGGAAAAACAAAGAGAUGAGUAUAAAUCAGUUGCGAAUAGUCAAGAAGAGAUGACAGAAAGAGUAGAAAAAAAUGAUCCAGAAACAAUCUUGCGAUGUCUAACUAUUGCUUCUAGUAUGCUUGUGCAUAUGAAAAGUAGAGAAAUUAGUCCAAUGUUGAUCAACUUAAAAGGAGAGCUGAUUUUUGAAGGUAUAAAGAAUGAAGAUCCCUUUAUUCGUAAUGAAGCUGUAAAAUGUUUAGGCUUGAUGUCAUUAUUAAAUAAAGAGUUUGCUAUGCAGCAUCUUUUAUUGUUUGUACAGGUUUUGCAAGUUGAUCAAGAACUAUUACAGAUAAUGGCUGUCAAAGUUUUAUUUGAUAUCUUACUUUUAUAUGGGUUGCAAGCUUUUGAUGCUGACGAUAAAGAAAAUGUGGAGUGUGAAGAAGAUGGUGAAACUACAGUUGUUUUUGAAACACCUCCAGAACAACUGAAGAGCAAUACGAGGAAGAAAAAUGCAGCUGAAGGAGUGCUUGAAAUCUUACUUGGGUUUCUUGAUAAUGAGAGUGCUGAUUUGUAUACCUUAGUGGCUGAAGGCAUGGCAAAGUUGCUUAUGGUUGGGCAUAUUUCAAGUUCACAUACCCUAACACGUCUUAUACUUUUGUGGUACAAUCCUAUAACAGAAAGCGAAAUUUCGCUUCGACAUUGUCUAGGAAUGUUUUUACCCACUUAUGCAUUUGGAAAUAUAUCAAACCAGAGAAUGAUAGAGGAAGCAUUUCUUCCAGUUUUAAAAACUUUAGACAAUGCUCCUUCUACUUCACCAUUAAGUCAAGUAAAUACUGAAAAUGUCAUUGAGCUUUUACUUCAAUUGACAGAUGUAAAUAAUUUGGUGCAAUUAGAUAAAAAUAAAUCAAGUUUAUCAUCCCCAACGCUUAAUCAGUUUGAUGAGUAUGUACACGAUUCCAUUGCUGUUAAGAUUGCAAAUGAAAUUUUAUCCGAUCCUGACAGCACAAACAUUAAGAUGUUUUGCAAAGUACUGAAUCAUUUAAAUAUUUGUCCGCGAAAUAAAUCAGUUAUAUCAGAUUUGAUAAUGUUGACUUCGAAAAUACAAAAAGUAUUAUGUAAAAAUCGAGUAGCUAAAAAAAUGGUUGAUCGUUUUGCUAAUCAUCUUCAACAUCUUUUGGUCAUUGAAGGGAAUAGUAGCAUAACUAAUAACCAAACAACAUCAGAAAAAAUAAAUGAGGAAGAUGAACAAGAUGAAGAUGAUAUUGAAGAUGGAUCUUCAAAUACUACACUGACACCACAAGAAAUUAUCAAAAGUCAACUUAUUAGUUCAUGUUCAAAGAAACAUAAAACACCGACUUCUCAAAAAGUACCUCAAAAGAAAAAAAUGAGAAGAGACUCUACUGAGAGUAUCGAUUUCUUCAUUAAACCGUCACCAAGUUAUUCGAAUUUGUCAGAGGAUGAUUCAUCAUAAAUUUUUUUAAAUUGUGCUUUUUCAUACAAUUA